UGUUCGGCGUUUCCGUGCACGCCCCUUUCAGCUGUCACUACAUGUUAAUUCUAUUGCCAGUUCAGCCUAUUUGAACGGUUUGCAGUGAUAUCUUUUCGUUUCAUUGCAUCUUCAUUUAUGUCAUUCUCAUCGAUACGUUCAUUUCAUUUCAGUGCAUUUAGUGCUGUCACUGCAUGUUAAAUACAUUGCAACUUUAGCCUAUCUGAACGGGCUGCAGUGAUAUCUUUUCAUUUUACUGCAUCUUCAUUUAUGUCAUUCUAAUCGACACGUUCAUUUCAUUGCACUGCAUUUAAUACGUUUCGUCCUUAUGAUAACUUUGUAAUCGAUACUGAGCUGUAUAGAAAUCGAUCUAAAGAUCGAAAGCUGUUGACAUUUUAUGGACGUUGGGCCCUAACAUAACAUGUGAUGCGAUUGUUAGAAGGUGAUAUCAGUGCUGUUGUGGUGAUACUAGCAUUGCAGGGAAAGACGAGUUUUGUUAACGUGAAGGAACAUUGUCCAGGAUAUAUGCAUGUAAUGUAGAAAAACAUGAAAAUGUAAUCGACUAUAUCGUUCCGUCCGUGAAAAGUUGCAAAUUGUGAUUCUAAAAACCAAAUCAGUGUUGACGCCCCAAAUAAAUUUGUUUGAAUGCUAAGAUGCUGUUCCUUUUUAUUGAUCGUGUUUGAGAGUGCCGUCUUUGUUAAUAUCGUGUGAUUUGUCGAGAAGUGCUUCUGUAGUUUCAGCCCAAAGUAUUAAUGUGAAAUAAUUGAUUGCUCCAGACCCCAACAUUUAAUAAACGAAAAUGCAUGUUGACGUGAGAUAGCAAUUGGGGAACUGCUGCCUGGAAAUAAAGCCAUUUAAAUUACAAAAACAUGGGUUGCUGCUCGUGCACAGUGAAAACGAAAAAAAUUUUGGUGUUUGGCAUUGGAGGAGGCCUUUUAGUCGUAGGACUUUUUAUUGGUGGCUUCAUGAACAUGAUAGUUGAUAGUGUUCUGAGUUCUGCAAUGGUUCUAAGGGAAGGUUCCUUGACUUAUGAUAAGUGGAUAAAAUUGCCAGUAGACUUGUAUAUGGAGUUCUAUAUGUUCAAUGUAACAAAUUCUGAGGAAUAUGCAAAGAAUCAGUCCAUUAAACCAAUACUAAAAGAAAUUGGACCUUAUGUAUUUAGGGAGUAUCACGGAAGGAAUAUUUUAGGCUGGAAUGACAAUAAUGGUACCAUAACAUUUCAGAAUAUCAGAACUUGGCAGUUCGCUCCAGAGCUUUCUGAUGGACUUGAGAAUGAUUUGAUUAUGACAAUAAAUGCUGUUCCUGCAACUCUUAAUUACCUAGCUCGUUUAAUGGGACCUGUGGAACGAGUUUUUCUAUCAUCCUUGUUGACUGUGUCUGGAGAAGGAAUGUUUAUAAACAAGACUGUGAGAGAAUUGUUGUUUGAUGGUUACCAGGACCCAAUACUGGAUGUUGUAAAUAAAUUGAACACGUCUAUUUCAAUACCAUUUAAGCAGUUUGGAUACUUUGUUGAUCGUAAUGGUUCAGAAACAUAUGAUGGUGUGUUCAAUAUGUAUACUGGUAAGGACAACAUCGAGCUUCUGGGUACAGUUGCCAAAUGGAAUUACAACAGUUUUACACCUUACUAUGAGCGACCAUGCAGCGAUGUCACGGGCACCACUGGAGAACUCUGGGGGCCAAUCAGAAAUAAAAAUGAUGUUGGAAUAUUUGCUCCCGACAUUUGUAUGACACUGAAGUUGAAAUACAGUGGUGCUGCAGAGUUAAAUGGAUUGGAAGGCUACAGCUACCUUUUGCGGGACAAUGCAUUCAACAAUAGUGACCCUGAAGCAUCUUGCACAUGUAUAAAAGAUACAGAUUGUGUACCUGCUGGCCUAUUGAAUGUAUCUGCUUGCCGCUAUAAUGCACCUGUCUUUGUAUCACGGCCGCACUUCUUAUUGUCUAACUCAUCACUCCUUGAUGCCGUUGAGGGACUGAAGCCUGAUCCAGAAAAACACAAAUUAAGACUUGGUCUUGAACCUACUACUGGAGCACCCAUGUUUGUGGAUGCACGUUUGAUGUUGAACUUGCUGCUUGAACCUGUGAAACACAUCAAGAUGUUCGAGAAUCUCCCCAGGAGGAUAUAUUUUCCAGUAUUUUGGUUCAACCAAAAGGCAGUACUUAGCGAUGAAUUAAGUUCAUUAGCGAAACUAGUGCAGAUAGCACCUGAUGUCGGAAUGGGUGUUUUCUUUGGAUUAGCUGGAAUUGGAGCUUUGAUGCUAUUCAUUGGAAUAAUGCUGACUGUGCGCCAUGGUUGGAAAGGCUCAGACACACAAGGGCUAAUCCAUGAAAAUUAAUGAUGCAUUGAUUCAUCAAAUUCAUAUUGAAGUGCCUUUGAAUAAACAUUGAAAAAGACCCACCUUAGCUGUCACAUAAUUUUGUGCGGUUCUCACUAAGAAUUUUGUGGCCUUUCUAAAAGUAUUUUUGGUACUUUUGUGUGUCCUGAUAAAAUAAUGUUUUCCAUUGUCUCCAGUAUUCUUCUGUAUCUCGGCUAAAAAAUUAAGUUUUCAAGUUGUAGUUUAAUUGUUAGUGGGAAGCUAUAUAACGAAGAGUGAAAUGAUGAUACAUUUAAAAAUAAUGCAGCUUACAGCAUGUGUCACAUUUAGAUUCUACAACUUGUAGUUCAGGAUAUAUCGUGUGUGUGUGUGUGUGUGUGUGUGUGUGUGUGUGUGUGUGUGUGUGAGAGAGAGAGAGAGAGAGAGAGAGAGAGAGAGAGAGAGAGAGUGGGGAGGGGGGGGGGGGGGAGCUGCAGUGCAACCAAAGACUGUUUUACUGUUCUGUUUUGAGAUUAUGUAAAUAUUCUGUUAUAUCAAAUGAAGUAUAGAAUUUAUAAUAUGUUCAAAUGUGAUUUACUGAUUUGUCAAAUGAAACAAAAGUAAGUUGGAGUUACAGUUUAAUGUGUGAUCAGUGAAUUUUGUAUGUUGCUCCACUGAUUAUAGUUGUUUUACAAAAUUGUACUGUAGAAUGCAUUUUGUAUGUAUGAUGUCUUACAAACACAACACUUUAUAUUUUUACACAGAUGUAAAUGGAUGUGGGUUGAAAUUUUUGUUCAGUGCCUCUGUUUGAAGAUUUCGGUGUGCAGGCAAUUAAAUCAUCCAUGAGGUGCCAGCUGUUCUGUUUUUUUAUGUCAAGUACAUAAUUCUAUAAGAAAAGUUUUUGAGAAACAGAGCAGCUAUAUCCUUCCAUGGAUAAUUUUAUUUGUAGUGGCACACCAGAAAUUUCUGUGUAGAAUUUUUAUUUAAGGAGAAAGUUUUUAAGUUUUGUUUCCUAAAGACAAAAUAAUGUAACAUAGAGCUUGAUUUUAGUAAACUGAGGCUGUGAUGUGUUACCAGUUCCUGAUUAAUUAUAUGGGAAUUCUAUAACAAGGGAAUACUGCUUUAGUGAUACAAAUGAUUACUUAUGUAAUUCUUGUCUAUUAUGAACUGCAUGAAAAUCGGUGAGGAAAAUAACAGUAUUGAAGUAUGAUUCAUGCUUGUUAUGGUAACUUGGCCAAAAUUUAUUAUCUUUAAAUACAAUUUUACUUUUUUAAUAUAUAAAAAUGAAACCAUAAAUAAUAUUAUGUUUAUAGAACCAACACAAGUUGCUGUCAGUAUUUCUUAUUGAUCAGUUUCAUUCAAUCUGACAAGAGUAUUACGUAAAUGACUUAUUUGUGAAUGAACUUGACUGUAUAAGUUAAGUGUUACACAGCUAUCUCAAUAUUUGUCAUUGCCAGUGUAAUCAGCCAACUGCUUUGAAUGGAAGUUAGCAUUAAUAUAAAUUGGAUUGUUCCUUUAUGCCAAUUUAAUAUUCCAUAUUGCAAUACUUCAUAAAUUCCAUAGUUGCUUAUAAUGCUGUUGUUUAGUUGAAUGAACCAAGGCAAUAAAAAAUAGUGGUUGUGACUUGUGGCUGUCCUACAAACUUAGUUUCAAUUGUUUAUAUAUAUUGUAUUAGUUUUCAAAAUCUUUUAUUCAUAAUACUUCUCAUAUCUUGGAGCAUUUUCUCUGUUCCAUAGAUGUGCCACAGUGUAACUCUGUUUUGUAAGCUGACUAAAACCAUUUGUCCAGUAGGUAGUAUUGUUCGCAAAUAAGUGGAAGUGGACAGUUGUUAAAACAGUGGACAUGAAUUUGGAAGGACCUGGGUUCAAAAUUCUGCCCAGCCAUUCAGAUUUAGGUUCAAUGUAAUCUUUCUAAAUUAAGACAAAUGCCAGGAUGGUUCUUUUGAAUGGUGGAUUCCUCUUCUUUUACUAGCCUUGUCCUAACCAAGCUUCAGCUGCACCUCAGUGGAGCCAUAAACCCUAAUUUUUCUAUCUUACAUGUAUGGAGGUGUGAUUAGCAUUUGGCCCUUCUAGUUAAAUAGAUUUUGUAUUAGAUAAAAGAUGUAGUCAGCAUGUUGCUGCCCUCAGAGUUUAUAAAAUAAUUUAAAAAAUCUUACUUUAAAUUUGGUACUAUACCCUCUGUACUAUUUAACCCUACCUUCAAGCUUUUGCCCCUUUGAAAAUACUUCCCAGAAACUGUUACAAAAAUUGUAGAGUGCAAGACAAAGGGCGAUGCUUUUACCAUUAGUGGUUAUUCUUCCAUUCAUCUUAACUCUAUCAGAAAUAUCAGUAGUAUAACUGACUAACAUUCCUGGAAAGGGGAGCAACCAUUCCAGGUGGGUUGCAAAGGAGCUCUGUACUGCAAAGUGUUUGUGUGACUUCAUUUUGAAGGUAUCUGCUUAUUUUCAUAUUAGAGCUGGUUUUGUUGCGCUGUAAUUACUACCUGACCUUCUGAAAUGCAGCAGAAUAACUUCCAAUAGGCACUGUGAAGCACACUGACAAAUUGACACAUUUGAUGAUAGAUAGCUAUGAGAGAGUCAUACAUAAGCACAUACCUAAUGUACAGAAUAUCACUUGGCUGUCAGGUGAGAUGGAGCUCAUAACCUAUUGUCAUUUUACACAAGUUGUGUGUGGAAAAGGAUAAAUGCUAGAUCAUUGCUGGAAUGUUCUACUCCCGAAUACCCCCACAACUCAUGGUGAUUGGGGAUGUUCCCUCAGUGUUUGGACCAGGUAUUUAGUUCCUUGUAAAGUAUUCAAAUACUUUUCUUAAAGAGCUGGCCAGUGUAAAAUGUUAUUUUAAAUACUUUACUGCCAAAUCAACAAUAAACACUUACAGUUGUUGUAUUUAAUAAUUAAGUCCUUUAAUUAUAAUUUUCCUCCAUUUUAUCAGUCUUUGUUUCCAAAUAGCCCAUUACUUAAAACUGGAAAUAACACAAUGAAAUAAAUGUGCUUUGAGCCACAA